UCCGUCUCUUUGCGUGACUCAUGUGGGUGUUGGGCUGAAAUAGUUUGGUGUAGUUUUACAUUCCUUAUAUAGCCCGUGUAGUGGGGACGAGACGUAAAGCCUCACCCCCGACACAAGGCCGAAGAGUCGGAGGGUCGCACUCGUUUCCAGAAACCAGCCUUCCUCUUACUUUUCCUGGCUUUCCAGUGGCUGAUUCGGCCCUUUUUGUGAGGCCAUGAACGUUUACAGCGUGACGCUCAGCGGGCCGGCGCCGUGGGGUUUCCGACUCCAGGGAGGGAAGGAUUUCAGCAUGCCUCUCACAGUGUCCAGGCUGACUCCCGGAGGAAAGGCAGCUCAGGCAGGAGUCGGAGUGGGAGACAGCGUGGUGUCUAUUGAAGACUCCAACGCUGAGGAGAUGACACAUGUUGAGGCACAAAACAAAAUCAGAGCAGCAGUGGACUCCCUCACUCUGACACUCAACAGAACACACCUGUCUAGUGGAGAGCAGAAGCAGAUGGAGGUUCUUGACAAUAGAGGAGAAGGAUUCUUUGAAGAUUUGUACCACGACACCAAGCACGGUCUGCGGAUGGACAACAUCCCGUGCUUUAUUCCCAACGAUCGCAGUAAGAAGCGUCUGAUCGAGGACACGCAGGACUGGCAGCCUCGCACCGGCACCACACAGUCCCGCUCCUUCCGCAUCCUAGCCCAGCUCACCGGAACCGACUACAUGCAGGACCCCGAUGAUGAGACCAUGAAAAGGUCCAGCCAUGGCGUGACUCCGUGCCCCAACAAACCUGUGGCAAAGCCCGAAGGAGCACGAGCUCAAGCUCCUAAAACUUCCACCGUGUCCGGAGGUUCCAGCCGCCCGCCCUGGGUGACGGACCCGAAUUUUGCAGAGCGCUAUCGGCCGGACAAGACGAGCACGGUGGUGACGCAGCACACACAGCCGGCACAGCCCACGCCGGAGCAGAACCGCAGCUCCAUCCUCCAGGCGGCGCAGCAGAACCCGGAGCACGAGUCUGGACGCACGCCGCUCUGCGCCGCAUGCAACAAGAUCAUCAGAGGUCGCUAUGUGGUGGCUCUGGGCCGCUCCUGGCACCCAGAGGAGUUCACGUGCUGUCAGUGCCGAGACGUCCUCGACGAAGGAGGCUUCUUUGAGGAAAAAGGCUCAGUUUAUUGCACCAAAUGCUACGACAACCGCUACGCUCCCAACUGCGCCAAGUGCAAGAAGAAGAUCGCCGGAGAGAUCAUGCACGCCCUGAAGAUGACCUACCACGUCCAGUGCUUCGUGUGCGCCGCCUGCAAGAGGCCCAUCAGAAACCAGGCUUUCUACAUGGAAGACGGCGAGCCUUACUGUGAGAUAGACUACGAAAAGAUGUUUGGUACUAAAUGUCAUGGCUGUGACUUUAAGAUCGAUGCUGGCGACCGCUUCCUGGAAGCUCUAGGCUACAGCUGGCACGACACGUGCUUCGUCUGUGCGCUUUGCCACGUCAACCUGGAGGGCAAGACGUUCUACUCGAAAAAGGAUAAGCCUUUGUGUAAAGGUCAUGCCUUCUCUCCACUCUGAGCAGAAGCACCAGGGCAACCGAGGCAGGACAAACCAGAACAAAAACACAGAGGAAAAUCCGACAGCAAGGCUUAAUGAUGACCAGAAAUUUCUGUGUAGUAACGGACUAAUGUUUAAAACAAAAAAAAAAAAAACACUUUUUUUGUUUAUCUGUUAUAAUGAGACUUUAAUUGUUUUUAAAAAGAUAAAUAAUAAUAAGAGAUGAUGUUUAUGGGUUUUCUCCCGACAGAGACGAUUAGGCCAGUCGUGAGCCGUAUAUAGCCAGGAAACGUCAGGGAGGUAAAACCUUCACCAUCCCGGCAGCACAGGACAGCAGAUCAUCACUGUCAGUGUUUAUUUAGAAAACCGAGCCCUUUUUCCACACAGGUAAUAAUUCACCUUGAGCGGUGUUGCUUAUUGAUAUCGAGCAGUUAGUUACCGGAUAGAGACGCAAAUUCCAGGCUAAAUAAGACUUUUCACUCGCUUUCCUCUCUCUCUGAUGACUUUGUCAUCUGGUGUUGUUAUUCAUCAGAGAAAGCUCACGUUAGGACUGGGAAUAAUCUCUAGCCCUGGUCCGAGGUGUGACAUCAUCUUUAAGACUCCAUCAGCGUAGCCCUGCACGUCCCCACACAACCCUCAGUCCUCCAUCCCUGUGUGCCGGGGUACUUAAAGUAAUGGCAAAACCCACUGAAGAAGAAAAAUGAGCCUCUGGCAGCCGAACAGCACUGCAUUAGCGCUGAUUGCGAGAGGUUCAUAUUGACCCGAGCGACGAUCUUUACGUGCCUCCCAUACCAAGUGACUCCUCUAAUCCUACAGGUACCUCUAAUUAACAAAAGGCUGAGGGGCAGCGUGAGCCGAGCUCAUUUUCCCAGCAUGAAUUUCCAUGAGUUUUUUUUUUUUUUUUUUUUAACGAAAAGGCUUGUGCUGAUCAAAGAAACAGACAGACACCACAAUGCCUCCGUCAAAGAGAGCACGGUGCCUCCCUGAUCACACGACUUUGCUCAUUUCUCAAAUUUUAACAUCUCUGAGAUCUUGCUAACACGCGGCCGGCGUGGUUUCGGUGAACCGGACGGUCGUUAGCGUCGUCAUUGUUCUGGUGCUUCAUCUCAGUCCUACCUACAGGCCUCCCCUUGGCUCUAGCGCCCUAGUCGUCUAAUUACAAGGUCAUUAAAGGAAAUCUGCAGCCUGUUUUUCAGUAGAAUAUCUAUUUCAGACAGUUCCUCGAGUUCCUGCCACAGCCGUCUGUAUCCUAGAGCCAAGUUAGUAAAUUUGACGUAAGCCGAUUGUCCGCAUCUGUAAGCUGGCGUAUGUGGAAGAGAGCAGCGUGGGUUGUUUGGCUUCACUCACCCUCUCAAACGAAGCACAGGUUCAUCUUUAUUACCGGACCGUACCACUUCCUGUAUGUAUCUCUUCCCGUUUUAGACAAUAAGGUCAUCACCGAAAGCAUAUCGGACCUUUAACCUAGUCUCAGCGGAACACCGGACACGUCACCUAAAUUAGCUGCUCUGCGUCAUUACAAGCUCUUAAUGAGUCGGCUGACGCGUGAUCGGACGACGGCCCGAGCGUUUACUGUUAACCUUGAGGUUAGAAUCUGAGGACGGGUUUUGAUGUCUGUGCAAUGCAGAGGAAAAUCUGAGACGGUGAUAUUUAUGGCUCGUUGAUGACGACGGUGCAGAGAACUCGAAUAGUGGAGGUUAGCCUUCCAGAAUGCAUUGUGGGUAAUGUAGGAUAUACACAAGUUGUUCAGGGUGUUUUUAUUUUAAAUUUUUUUUUUCUUCCUUCCCUCCUAAACCUUUCUGAUCUGUGUAUUCCUCCGCCACCUUCGUCUCUGCAUGACGACGCGCUGCCAGUCUGUUCACGCACACGCUCUCUAUCGCUAAUCACAUCCUUCAGGUAAUUAUACAAGCUAACGUGUGAUUAGAGAUGCGUGAGGCUUAAAUACUGCUGCUUUCUAAACUUCAACAUCCUUUAUAGCUGGACAGAAGUGUAGUCAGUGUUCUGUGUCGCUGCUCAGUUUCAGUAUUCAAAACCUUCCUGUGCUGCCGUCGCCCUGAGGUUGUAGUUCACAGGCGUGGAUCACGUGAUUAAGUACAGAAUUUCUCCAUCACUCUAAAACACCGUUUGUUUUUGUUUAUUUUUUUUUAUUUACCUCCCUCGUAUUGAAAGUAUUCGAUGUAUCAAGUUUGCCUCUUCAUCAGUAGCUUUGCACCUCCCGAUAUUCGCGUCACGAUGCGUCUUUGUAUCGAUAAACGUAAAACUGCUGUAUUCUUUCUCACCUUAGAGACGUUUUUUUUUUUUUAUCCGAAUCUUUAAAGCUUAAGAAGAAACAAAUAGAUCAUGUUAUUGUACGUUAAUAAAGAAAACAAAACUUCACACACGCUAUAAAAGAAAGAGUCGU